AACAUGAUGCCUCUUUGCAAGUCAACUCGUGUGCUCUGUCGCUGAUAGAGGCGCCUCAAGCUGAAAUAUUAUAGCUCUAUUGUACUGAAGAACGUGGUGUGACAGCCCGCGGGCUCAGCAAAUGGCCAGCUUCGUAUCGCCACACUAGCGGACAGGGUCGCCACAGUGGCGUUCAGGCUGCCGAGGGCGACACAGAAAUCAACUUUGUGUAUUUUAAUGGACACGCUUCGAGCGGCGGCGGCGGCAGCAGCGGCGGUGGCGGGCGGUUUGUUUUCCUUUCGUCUUUAUCUCGAGCUGCUCAAGUAAGCCCCAGUCUGCCCCUCGUGUGUCCCUGCACGUCUGGCUGCCUCCUACUCUUCCACUCAACAGUCCCGUUUUAGAACAGCAUGGUCAUGGCUGACAGUGUCCAAAAACCGCUGAUCCGGGGUCCGGUCCGAGUGGGCUUCUACGACAUCGAGCGCACUUUAGGAAAGGGCAAUUUCGCUGUGGUGAAGUUGGCCCGACACCGCAUAACCAAGACGGAGGUGGCCAUUAAGAUCAUCGACAAGACCCAGCUGGAUGCCGUCAACCUGGAGAAGAUCUACAGAGAAGUUCAGAUCAUGAAAAUGCUGGACCACCCCCACAUUAUUAAGCUCUACCAGGUGAUGGAGACGAAGAACAUGCUUUAUUUAGUCACGGAGUAUGCCAAGAGUGGGGAGAUCUUUGACUAUCUGGCAAAGCAUGGCCGUCUCAGUGAGCUAGAGGCCAGGAGGAAGUUCUGGCAGAUCCUGUCAGCGGUUGAGUACUGCCACAACCGGAACAUCGUUCACAGAGACCUGAAGGCUGAGAAUCUGCUGCUGGAUGGCCAUAUGAACAUCAAGAUUGCAGAUUUUGGAUUUGGCAACUUUUUCCAGCCCGGGAAGCCUCUGGCCACAUGGUGUGGCAGCCCGCCCUAUGCUGCUCCAGAGGUCUUUGAGGGACAACAGUAUGAAGGCCCACAGCUGGAUAUCUGGAGUAUGGGGGUGGUGCUUUACGUGCUGGUGUGUGGUGCAUUGCCGUUUGAUGGGCCCACUCUGCCUGACCUCCGGCAGAGAGUACUAGAGGGAAGGUUUCGCAUCCCCUACUUCAUGACUGAAGACUGUGAGCACCUGAUCCGCAGAAUGUUGGUCCUGGACCCGUCAAAGCGUCUCUCUGUGGCCCAGAUUAAGGAACACAAGUGGAUGACUCUGGAUGUUCCUAUACAGAGGCCAGUACUGUACCAACAGCCUCUGUCUUCUGACGGUGAGGCCGGUGUAGGAGAAUACAGUGAACAGGUCCUUCGGUUGAUGCACAGCCUUGGUAUCGACCAGCACAAGACUAUAGAGUCUCUGCAGAACAAAAGCUACAACCACUUUGCUGCUAUCUAUUACCUGCUGGUGGAGCGGCUAAAGGCCCAUCGCUGCAGCUUCCCCGUCGAACAGAGGCUCGACGCCCGCCAGCGACGACCCAGCACCAUCGCCGAACAGACUGUCGUCAAGUCGACCAGUGUUUCCGCCCAGGUGGGUUUGCUCCAGCAGGGCGGUCGUUUGUUGCGUUCUCCUGCUGUGCCUCAAGCGUCCUCUGAUGCUUUCGCCUUCCCCCAGACUGCAUCUCCCCUGGAGCAGACUUUCAUGGUGGAGGAUGUCAACACACCCAAAGUUAACGGCUGCCUGCUGGACCCUCUACCUCCCCCCACUGUCCUGCGCAAGUCCUCCACCUCGUCGCCUAGCAACAUGAUGGAGACAUCCAUUGAUGAGGGCAUUGAAACAGAGGAGCCCGACACAGAUGAUGAUCCGCCUCACCUGCUCUCUGCCUAUCAGAUAGCUCGAUUUGGCCAGCGGCGACACACCUUGUCUGAGGUCACCAACCAGCCAGGGCCUUCGAACCAGGGUAAAUUAUUCACUUUAGGCCAAAAUCCUUCCAUGGGUAGCGUGGACUCGGACAUUGGCUACGACAUGGGCUCGAUGCACAGCGAUCUCGGUCUGCUGGAGGAUCCUCCCUCUCUGAGUGAAGUCGUUCCGCCCAACAGCUCUCCCCCUGGUGUUACCCCUACGUCUUUCUUGAGUGCCAGGCCUGCCAACCCAGCUAUGGCUGCACUGACUUCCCAGCAUAGGGAGACCCACAACCGUUCCCCAAUCAGCUUCAGGGAAGGGCGCCGUGCCUCCGACACCUCCCUCACCCAAGGUCUAGUCGCAUUUCGGCAGCACCUUCAGAACUUGGCGAGGACCAAAGGCAUCCUGGAGCUGAACAAAGUCCAGCUGCUGGUGGAGCAGAUGGGCUCUGGGGAUGGGGUCACCAUGGACCCCUUGGGACCACAGCACCACUUGCACAACCUCCUCGAGGGUGAAGCAUGCAAGCAGCAGGAAGGCCUAGCGUUAUACCAAGGUGGGCCGCAGCCGCCUCUGCUGUCCCGCAGACAGAGUUUGGAGACACAUUACCUCACACACAGACUACAGAAGGCCAACGUCUUGGCUAACAGUCCUGCUAGCUGCCAGGUUUUCUGUAAGGAGACUCCUCGAAGUUUAGAGCAACAGCUGCAGGAACACAGACUGCAUCAGAAGAGGAUGUACCUGCAGCAGCAAUCACAGGGCAUGGGGCUGCAGACCUACUUCAACCAGAUGCAGAUUGAUGAAGGAUCCUACCCAACAGGCAGCCCUCCGCUGGACCCAGCGGCAUCCCAAAGUUCCCCUCAGGGCUCCCCCAUGUCAGCCACCCACCAGCCUCAGGCCCAGCAGCAGGGCAGCCCUCAGGCCUCACCUCCAUUCAGCCACGCUCAUAACCUGAGCCCUGUGAUGGAACCAGGCGAGGCCCUGGGUUAUGAUGCCUACAUGACCCAUCACCACUACACCCAACAUCUGCCUCCAGGAUCUCACCUCCACCACCAGUUCCAUCAUCCUCAGCCUCAUGAAGCUGCUGCCAGCAGCCUGGGCUUCAGCUACCCUGGAAGCUGCGAGCAGCAGGCCCUGGGGCCCUCCACUGAGGCUCUUCUGCCAGAGCAGUACGAGUUCUCACUGGAUCCCGCCUGCCUGCCCCCACCUGCUGGAGGAGAGGUUAAUACCGGAGCUAUGGGUGGAGUUUUGGCUGCUUCUGGGCAGUCUGACGGCUUGGGCUUGCCUGAGCUGCAGGGCUCCCUCUUGGACAGUGAGAUGAUGGAGACUGUGGACUCGCAGCAUGGCUUUGUACUGGUCAACUAAAGCCAGCUGAGGGGCUUUAUAGAAAGCAGUAUUAAGAAAUGAGAAUCCACACAGCAUUGAGAGCAGAGAGAAUGGAGAUGUAAGUGGAGGCCAUAAGCGUAGCAACAGGGGAAGGAAGUGUUAAUUUUUGUGCAACUAAUACAAACUUCAUUUCUUAGUUGUGACGAACCUCGACCUUUCUACCAGAAUCCUCCCUUAACCUACCUCCCUUUCUCCCUCGUCUCCUCUGUUCUCGUUCUCAUCAGCCCUGUGAGGCAGGAACAGGCCCGGUAUGUGGCACAGCGGGAGUUUCACCGUACUGACUCGGCGAGGCUGCUGUUGUCACGUACGUUGUGUGAGGACUGCGCCGUGCAGCCCAAGGGGGGGGUUGGGAUGCCGCACAUCCCGGAGGCCGAUGGAGCGCAGCGAGUCACCUAUGGUUUGGAAGCGAACUCAUUUAAGACCCGACUGCGUGGCAACCAAAAGCACAAUGGCUGGCAGUGCUUUUUGUAUUUAAAAUAGGACACCAUCAACAACAAUAGACUGGUUCUCAAAACACUUUGACUUUAUUUUUGUCCUUCUAAGAAACCGGUAGUUUAAAAAAAACAAAAUUGUAAAAAAAAAAAGAGAGAAAUUGGCCCUCAUUUAUCACGGUACCAUGAAGAUGCCCACAGUGUUUUUGGCUUUUUUGCAGUUAUAGAAGUUAUUUAAACACUAAUGUACAAAGCCCAACAUGGCUCUCAUGCAUAGGCUCCAACACUAUCAUUAUACAUUAAACCUCUCAGUACCUAAACACGUACCCUAAACCUGCUACAUUUUUGCUUUUAACCAUGUCUCCAAGCUAUUACGUGGGUUGACUAAUGAGAAUAUUAAUGUAAGCUAUGUGUGAUAUGCAUUUUUUUUAGCUCAUUGUAACUACUGAUCCUGAUUUUUCUCACACUACUGAACUGCUUUUUCAUCGUUCAAUCCAGCUGCACACAGCUGCCAGCUCCAGCUGUUAUUGUACUGGCGAAGAUGACCACCAGUUUUUGCGACGAAAUGGCUACACCUUUGUUUAACAGUUGAAUUGUGGGUCAUGCGUGUGCCUGAUAAAUGAGGGCUGACGUAAUUAAAACGUUAGGAUCAGGAAGCUGCGAUGUGAAACAGUCGAUAUUACUCUGUCUUGUUUUUUGUUUUUGUGGCAAUACUGAAGCAAUAUUAAUCCUUAAUAUGGAGGGGGAUUUGUGAAUGAAAAUAGCCUCACCAGUACAGCCAGCUCUGAUUGGUUCCUGGGGCCCUCCGUGUUGUCAGAAGUGACAUCACUUGAGCCGAUGAUGUAACCAGGAGAUAAUCUCUCGCUUACUUUCCACAGAAGUGCAGAGACGAACUCGGAAACAGCUGUUUGGAUGGUACUGUGCAAAAGUUUUAGGCUCUUAAAAAAAAAGGUGAGUUUAAAUCGGGUUUGAGCGCCCUCGACCUUUAAAACAGAACUGAUUCUCUUUGGUACACUCGCACGCAACCUUCCCAGGUACUUGGCAGGUAGGUUGUUGCGAGCAUCUUGGAGAACGCGAUGACUUUUUAUGUCAGACUGAUUCAGCGAUGGAGAUCAGGGCCGCCCUGCUGGUAAAGAAACGAAGCAAUUGAAUUGAAAGUUCCUGAAACCUUUUGCACAGUACUCGGUGUAAAUGUGUGCGUGCGUGUGCGUUGGUGUGUUUGCACAAUCCAGAAUUCAUCAUUUUCACAGCAUUUGUUAUCAUUGCUGAACUAGACAAACACUGUAUUGACGGCUUUAUUCAGAAUAACACAGUGCAGUAGUAGCUUUUAGAUUAAUUCUGGUUUACAUCCUUAAUGCUCCAGUCAUGCCGCUGUGUUGUUUUUAAUCAUGGAUGAUGUUUAUAACAAUGAAACGACCCCUGAAAGAGCCCCCUGUGUUAGAUUUUAUUAAAGAAUGUGUUCUCUCUUACGCUAAGGCUUCUGUUAGCAGAACAUCAGUCAGCACACACUGGAUCUUGACUGUUGGCUCACCACCACUCUGACUGACAGCAAGCCAGCAACAAGAAUGAGAGAUUAUAUUUUGUUUUGUUUUUAAUUUCUUCACAGCACUCGGACUGUGUUCAAUCUACUUGAAAAACACAGACGCAUCUUCUCUGACAGAUGAUUAUGAUGAUUUUUUUGAAAAAUGAUCACAAUAAUAGAGAAUAGGACUGUGACCAUCUGCUACACUGUCACCUUCAGUGGUCAUAUGAGUUAGCCUUUAGAAGUGUUUGUAGACGAGGCAGACCCCUCGCGUUGUAGACGGCAUUGACCCGGAGUGAAGAAGGUGGUUUGACAGUUAACAGUUUUCAGUGAAGGGAAAAUAAUGUGGACCAACUGGGGCUGCAGUUUUGGUUAAGACUGAAAGGAAAAUCCAACCUAAAAUGCUUUAACACUGUUCCACAGCAGAUCAUCUGUAAUUAAUUAACCAAUUAAACAAUCUGCUGAUUAUUUCAUUGGCCAUCUAAGUUGUUUGUUUUUUUUGAGUGGCAGUGGAAAAAUGCUCAUCUUUAAGCUUUAAGUAUCACGACCCAGCUCAUUGAUAUUUCUCAUCAACAGUCCAAAACUAAAAUAUUAUUGAGGUUUUACCAGAUACUGACAUUAACCUGUCACUGUGACAAUCAUGGUCCAGUGACUAGGCCGUCAUUCACUCAGGUUUUGAGACGUUUCAGUUAGCCAGUGAGCGUUACUAAGGAAAAAUGUACAUGCCCUGACCAAAGCUUUGCGAUUGUUUUGGCUGCUAGCAGGUUACCACGGUCGCCUGUAGUUUGCAUGGUACACGGCAAAUUGUCUACAGAUGCUCGCCAGCUGCAGGUGCGAUGCAGACCAGAAAAGGAGACAGUUUGCCUCUUGAAACACGAUGGCUUUCACUUUGAAGGCAAAAUAUUCCCCAUUUCUUGUUUGCAUCUUACAUCUUCCCGCUUAAGUAGGCCUCAGCUGGUAGUGGGUAUUUGCAGACAUGUCUGCGUCAGAGACCGCUGCAGUCUACUAGCAACAAAACCAACCAUGAGGACGUUUUUAAUGCAGUUGACUUGAUUGAUCUAAUGCAGGGAAUGCAAUCACGCCCCCCACGCAACCUGUGGUCAUAGAACAUUUAACAUGACUGGCAGCGUUCAAGUAAUGAGGGUGACAAACCUCAUUACUUUAACUCAUUCUCUGGUUCUCGCAGUAGAAUUGUGGUGUAUCGUUAAAAAAAAGAGCACCACUGAUGUGGACAAGCCUCAUUCCCUCCCACAUUUUGUUUUAGCCAGUAGAAGCUCCGAAAGACUCUGACACAACACAUCUGUCAUGAAGUCACCUCUCUCAGGUUGCAACGACCUGUUCUUGCUGCUAGGUAGCUUGGCUUAUUAGCCUGUGAGGAGAAAUGAGUCACCCAACAUCGUCCAGCGAAACCAAGAUCAGACUGAAUAAAAUGGUGUUGGCGUCCUUGGCCACAAAAUUUUGAGAACCCUUUACUUGAAUAAUGCCACCUCUAUAGCAAACACUGUAGUCGAGUUCUGAGGUCAGUCCCUCAGGAUUUAAGAGAGAGAAAGCUUAGUAAGUCACCAUUUUCCACAUUUAACAGUCAAAUGAGCAAAGAUAUCACCUUCAGAAACAAUGGCCUCAAUAGACCAGAGUGCACUGAAGCUAGAAGACCUGUUGCAAAACAAGUCUUGUGGUUGCAUUAACAGUUCCACCCUUGACUUUACAAAACUAGUCCGUGAGCUGGAUGUGUUUAUGGUGUUAUCUGCCCACAUUUUAUUGACGCAAAUAAGCUCACACCCAGUUUGUGGGUCAUGCUGAAAUUGUCCUUUAGAAAGAAUGAAGUCCGCUGAAGUGUGUGAGCUUUCUUUACAAUGAAAUAAUUACUCUGAGGUUUGAAGAGCAUUAGAUUGUUAAUAAUGGUGGUGCAAGAGCAUUAAAGGGUGGAUUUCUCCUUGAAGUGAAUAUUGCGCUAAUUGUUUUUCAUUUUGUCAACGGCUACAGGAUGUUCUGUGGAAGUUUUAAAUACUGGAGCACUUUGACAGCAAAGGGGAAGAAGAGAUGUAGCGAGAGAGGAGGAGGUGGGAAGGGUUCGUUUUUGCUCUGCUUGUUUUUUCCCCAGCAGAUUAAAAACGAACCGCAGAUCUGUAAGGAAACACCUUUUUCUCCGCUCUCUUCCCCAACAAUAAUGGAAACAAAAUGACAACGGAAAAAAAACGCUUUCAAAAAAAGACCUGAUGUAGUAACACUUUAUUCAAAUGUUGUUUUUAAUUCAAGAAAAAGCAACACGUUUGAGUUUAUUAUGACGUGUUCUGUGUACAGAUUAGGGGUGUAAUGAAUCGUCGGUGCGCGCUCAGUUUGCACCGAAUUUUGUGUUGAACGUGAAUAGUGUUCAGUGUGCCUUUUACUUUUUCGUGUUUUCAGUCUACAUUGAUUUUGAAAUAGCACCAAUACUUCCUGUCGGACCCUUUUUUUGUUGUUUAUUUUACGAUGAUUAUUUCUUUCUCUUCUGUAUUAUUUUCUUCUUUUCUUUUCUGAAAGUAAGUAGAGCCAGGUUUUACAAAGGUACAAAACCAAAGUCGCUCAGAAGUUUCCCUGUACGACCCACCGUGUGGAGUUUUGGAGCUUCUUUGUCAGCUUCUCUACCUUGCUUUUUUUUUUUCUUAUUGGUCAAUCAGUGUAUGCCAUUUAAAAGUAUUAUAGCAAUAUUUCUCUAGUGGAAGACUACAGUCAUGAAGAUUCUAGUUGAUGUGUUUCCAAGUAUAAUUUCACCUCCUGCUGACAACAAAAAAUCUAUCAAUAGAAAUCCAGUUUUAUAUUUACCUUCAUUGAUGUUGACCACACAUAAGCUAACUUGCUGUUGAGAUUAAAAAGGUUUAUUGAACAGAA